AGCCACUAGAAUGACCAAACAACCACCACAAAUGCAACUGAAGAGCUAAGGUUUCUUGGUUUCUGGGCCCCUUGUCUUGAUGUUACAUACACACUCUGUAAAAUCACCAAAGGGUAGAACAGUUGCAACUUUUGAGCCAAGAUCAUGCACUAGUUCUCAAGCCAAGUUGCUACAAUCUGCAUUAGUUUUGGUUACAACCACCAAUUCAAUCACCUAAGCUUGUAAUUUGUAAGUUAUUUUAUCUGGGUAUUUGUUAUUUCUUCAUUUCAUGGCUUCUUCAAUGCUUAGUGGUACUGAAAAUUUCACACUCAUUAGAGGAAUUACCCCAAAUGGGCUUGGUCUUGUAAGGUCAAAUUUGAAUGGUAAGCCUUUCACUAAGCUUAGUUUCACUUCUAAUGGUAAAAAAAAUCUCACCUUUAGAAGUAAAAGUACAACCUUUGUUCCCAAAUGUAGUGCUUCAUCUGCAAGGCCAUCUUCACAGCCUAGGUUUAUUCAAAACAAGAAAGAGGCCUUUUGGUUUUACAGAUUCUUGUCAAUUGUGUAUGACCAUGUUAUUAAUCCUGGACAUUGGACUGAAGAUAUGAGAGAUGAUGCACUUGAGCCAGCUGAUUUGAAUAAUAGGAAUAUGCUUGUGGUUGAUGUUGGUGGAGGGACAGGGUUCACUACUUUGGGUAUCGUUAAACAUGUGGAUGCCAAGAAUGUUACCAUUCUUGAUCAGUCUCCUCAUCAGCUUGCUAAAGCUAAGGAAAAGGAGCCUCUGAAGGAUUGUAAGAUAAUUGAGGGAGAUGCGGAGAAUCUUCCAUUUAGAACUGAUUAUGCUGAUAGAUAUGUGUCAGCAGGGAGUAUUGAGUAUUGGCCAGAUCCUCAACGUGGCAUCAGGGAAGCAUACAGGGUACUGAAAUUGGGAGGGAAAGCAUGUAUAAUUGGUCCAGUCUACCCUACUUUUUGGUUGUCACGUUUUUUCGCAGAUAUGUGGAUGCUCUUCCCUAAAGAGGAAGAGUACAUUGAGUGGUUUGAGAAGGCUGGAUUUAAGAAGGUUGAGCUAAAGAGGAUAGGUCCAAAAUGGUAUCGUGGAGUUCGUAGGCAUGGACUGAUCAUGGGAUGUUCUGUUACAGGUGUUAAGCCUGCGUCAGGAGACUCUCCUCUAGAGCUGCCCCCAAAGGUUGAGGAGGUAGAAAAGAAAGAAAGUCCAUUUGCUUUCUUGACGCGCCUCAUUCUAGGUUCCUUGGCUGGAUUGUACUACGUAUUGGUUCCUAUCUACAUGUGGCUGAAGAAUCUAGUUGUUCCCAAAGGUAUGCCAAUAUGAGUAACAGGUUCCAGAAAUAGAAAUUCGCCAAUGUAUGUACAUUUUAACUGGUCGCUGGAGGUGUUUACAAUAUCACAGAAUUAUGAGGUUCGAGGGAGAGAAAUCAGACUAUUAUGUAUAUUUCAGCUAGAUGCUGGAGCUGUUUACAAAUUUCCAGUUUUUGUUAUUAUAUGUAACUGACUUUAGUUUCGUUUCUAUAUAUAUGAGUGCUUGCAUAUUCAACACCA